AUGGAUAUUCACCUGCAAGAAAAUCAAACGGGGAUCCGGUUCAGUUGGAACCUAUGGCCCCCUACGAAAAAUGAGGCCUCGAAAAUUGAGGUGCCUUUGGGCUGCCUGUACACAGUCCUGAAGAGAACGGACGACAACAGCGUCAAGCUAGUGGAGUACGAGCCACUCAAAUGUAAAACAAGCAACUGCAUUUUGAAUCCCUACUGCAACAUAGACUUUCGAAACAAGACAUGGACGUGCCCCUUUUCAAAUAUAAAGAACCCCUUCCCCCUGCACUACGCGGAGCACAUCUCGGAGAAGAACCUGCCCGCGGACGUGAUGUACUCCAACAUCGAGUACAUACAGCCAUCGAACGUGGGGGACAUCCCGCCGCCGACGUUCCUGUUCGUGAUUGACACGUGUCUCCUGGAGGAGGAGUUAGAGCAGCUGAAGGAUUCCAUUCAGCAGUGCAUAAGCUUGAUGCCACCAGAUGCGCACAUCGGCAUAAUUACCUUUGGUAAUAUGUGUUACGUGCAUGAGAUAGGGUUCAAGGAUUGUCUAAAGUCGUAUGUGUUUAAGGGGACAAAACAUAUCACAGCACAAGAUUUACAAAAGCAAUUAAAUUUGGGUACACGAAAUGAUCCCCGCAGCUCUACCACAUCUGCAUCUGCAAGAAGGUUUCUACAACCAGUUAGUGAAUGUGAAUAUAAUAUUAAUAUGUUGUUGGAGGAUAUACAAAAGGAUAAUUGGCCUACUCCUCCCGAUCAAAGAGCAAAGAGGUGCACAGGGGUAGCACUGAGUGUGGCAAUAGGUUUGUUAGAAUGCUGUUGCAACCAGUUGAGUGGAAGAGUAAUGAUGUUCAUAGGAGGAGCAGAUACGACUUCGCCCGGGAAAAUUGUAGACACGCCAUUAUGUGAAUCGUUAAGGCACCACUUAGAUUUACAAAAGGAAAAUAGCAACGCGCGGCAUGUGAAGAAGGCAUUAAAAUAUUAUGUGUCGUUAGCUAAUAGGGCUGUGGCAUCUGGUCAUGCGAUUGACAUUUUUGCAUGUUCAUUAGAUCAAAUAGGUUUAUAUGAAAUGAAAGUGUGUUGUGAAAAGACAAAUGGGUAUAUGGUAAUGGCUGAUUCGUUUUCCAUGAAUGUAUUUAAAGAUUCAUUUAAAAAAAUAUUCGAGACAGAUGCUAAUGGAUACAUCAAGCAUGGUUACAAUGCAAAAUUAACAAUAAUAUGUUCAAAAGAAUUUCGAGUUUGUGGUGCCAUCGGUGCAUGUUCAAGUAAUAAAAAAAUGGCUAACUACGUAUCGGAUACAUGUGUAGGUGAAGGAGGUACUUGUGAAUGGACCAUAUGUGCAUUAGACCGACAAUCUACCCUAGCUUUCUAUUUUGAAAUUGUGAAUCAAAACAUUUCAGCUCUUCCUCCUGACAGACAAGCCUACUUGCAAUUCCAGACUCUGUACCAGCAUCCUAGUGGACGAAGGCGAUUACGAGUUACAACCAUUUCCUACCGAUUUGCAGAAGCUAAUAUUGCUGAAAUAUCGCAAGGGUUUGACCAAGAAACAGCUGCUGUGAUAAUGGCUAGAUUUGCGGUUCUAAAAGCUGAAACGGAUGAACCCAUAGAUGUGUUGAGGUGGUUAGACAGGAAACUGAUCAGGUUAGUUAGUACAUUUGCAGAUUACCAAAAGGACGAUGUGAAUUCAUUUCAUUUAUCCCCUGAAUUUUCCAUUUACCCACAAUUCAUGUACCAUCUGAGGAGGUCUCAUUUUUUACAAACUUUUAAUGCUAGCCCAGAUGAAACAGCCUACUACCGGUCCAUUCUUCUUCGUGAAAACGCCAUGAAUUCUCUAAUCAUGAUACAACCCGCUUUGCUUCAGUACUCCUUUGAAUCACACACCCCUGUACCUGUCCUGCUCGAUGCACAAUCGUUGAAGAGUAAUGUGAUCCUACUGCUAGAUUCUUAUUUUCAUAUCGUUGUGUGGUAUGGUGAAAUGAUAUACCAGUGGAGAGAACAGGGCUUUCACGAGAAGCCGGAGUAUGAACACUUUAGCCAGUUACUUAAUGCACCCCAUGAAGAUGCCAAGUCCAUUUUGGAGGACCGAUUUCCUAUCCCUAAAUUUGUUUUGUGUAACAGUGGAGGUAGCCAGAGCCGCUUUCUGCUAGCCAAGGUGAACCCCUCCACGACGCACAACUCGCUCAGUGGCAGCACCUUCGGCACGUCCAACAGCGAGUCAUACAUUAUCAACACGGACGACGUGUCGCUCAAAAUUUUUAUGGACCACCUGGUCAAGCUCGCCGUGCAGACGUGA